UCAUGGCUGUGUAUAAAUGAAGCUUAAUUUCUCUACUUCUUCGCCAAACCAAAUUAAAACCCAUUAGUACUUCUCUAAAAGUGAAGAAUGGGUUCCUCUAAGCUUACAGGCUUCGUUGUGGUGGUGGCUUUGAUGCUGGGGAGCUCCCACGCUCUCAACCCUUUCUUCUACGCCUUCACAUGCCCUCAGCUCCCUUUCAUUGUUCUAAACACCGUCUCUCAAGCUCUACAAACCGACGACCGAGCUGCUGCCAAGCUCAUUCGCCUCCACUUCCACGACUGCUUCGUCAACGGAUGCGACGGGUCGGUGCUGCUGGAGGACCAACCCGGCAUCGACAGUGAAUUGAACGCACCUCCCAACAGUGGGAUCCAAGGCCUGGACAUCGUCGACAGCAUCAAAGCCGCAGUGGAGAGCUCUUGCCCGGGCGUUGUUUCCUGCGCUGACAUCUUGGCCAUUGCAUCUCAAGUUUCUGUUGUAUUGUCGGGAGGGCCAGCUUGGAUAGUUCCACUUGGAAGAAAAGACAGCAGAGUAGCCAAUAGAUCCGCAACCACAAAUCUGCCCGGUCCAUCUGAACCGCUUACGUCGCUCAAAGCCAAGUUCGGGGCUCUCGGGCUUGACUCCACCGAUCUUGUGGCUCUGUCAGGAGCGCACACGUUCGGUCGUGCCAGAUGCUUCUUCUUCACCGGACGGUUCGACAACUUCAACAGCACCGGUCUGCCGGACCCGACGCUGGACCCGGUCUACAGGGAGCAGCUUCGCCAAAUGUGUACCACUCCAGUAACACGAGUGAAUUUCGACCCCACCACACCAGACAAGUUCGACAAAAAUUACUACAACAACCUGCAGAGCCACCGCGGGCUUCUCCAGAGUGACCAAGAGCUGUUCUCCACGCCCGGGGCCGACACCAUUGGCAUAGUCAACAGAUUCGCGGGCAGCCAGCUUCUGUUCUUUAUUCAGUUUGGGAAUUCCAUGAUCAAAAUGGGGAAUCUCAGCCCUCCACCUGGCACCCCAUCGGAAGUCAGAUUGAACUGUAGGCGGGUCAACCCAUCCAGUGCCGCCCAUGAUGUUAUGUAAGUUUCUGCUGUUUGAUUUCAGGGCUGUGUUAUGUUAUCUUAUGUAAGUUUCUCAUACGGUUAAUUGAUGCGAUGUUGUGUUUCCCCUUCGUUUUUCUCCGUUGUCGUCCCUGUGGAGAUUAAUAAAACUGGAUUACUGUGGGAACUUUAAUUACUUCA